AUGGUGGCGCUCUUCGGCGGGCACACUCUGGGCGUGGCGCGCUGCCCGUUGUUCACGCCCCCCCUCAAGUUCAGGGCGGCCACGCUGGACGCCGGAUUCGCGUCGUCUCUGGCGGCCACAUGCAGCAAGGGCGGGGACUCGGCGAUGGCGACGUUCGACCGGACGAGCACGGCGUUUGACGACGUCUACUUCAAGGAGUUUCAGCAGCGGAGGGGCUUGCUGAGCUCGGACCAGACGCUGUUCGAGUCGCCAGAGACGCAACGGCUUGUGAACAUGUUCGUCAUGAACCAGGGCUACUUCUUCUACGUGUUCCAGCAGGGGAUGGGCAAGAUGGGUGCGGGCAAGAGCUUGAGCUCCGUGCAAGGAUAG